GCCUAUGAUGCUAGGUAGCUGGGUUUACAUUAAAAUAAUGUUUUCACUUUGUCUGCUACUCACUGUGAUGGUGCAGUUCACUAAGCAAGCGAUUUUCAAUAAUAGUGCAUGGUUGUCAGGAAAUAAAGACACUUCAUCACAGUAAAAAUAACUGAUAAAUGUGGUUCUACUUAAACAGUCACUAGAAUCAAAGGUCCCCCCACCAGCAUGCAAUCCUACCCAGAGUAAAGGGAACUUACAGUUGCACAGAUAAAGUACAAAGGCAAUUGCUCCCUCUAACACCCCUCCAGUUGUUCAUCGCAGGGAAACAGAGGCCUUAGGGACAACUCCCAUUGGUUGUGGAUAUCUAAGACUUUUGCUGGAACACCUCAGUGCUCAGAAGCUCAAAUCACAGUGUCCCUUGCCAACUCUGGAGGAAGCUGCUGCUGCACCAUCCUGCUUGCCUCUCCAGCAGCCUGUGGACCUGCCGACAGGCAUGGGUCCAGUGGACAAGAAGGUUGUCGUGGAAGACAAAUUAUUCACAGAUAUUCAUAUUGAACUUUAGAACUGAGGAUUUUCUAAGAUUAAUUGAAUAUCAUACAUUUGAAUCCUCAGUUAUUUUUUGACAGUGGAGGAUUUAAAGCUGUAGACACACAUGGAAUAAAAUCUUCAGAAACCGUUCACUAAUAAGGACAUAACAGUAACAGUUGGAAGAACCAGUUUGACUGAAGACUGAAUCGCAUAGGGUACAUCAAAAGUGACUAAAAACAGAAUGGAGUCCUUAAGGAAAUCUCAAGAACAGGUACAACAGGGUCUAAAUGAGCUUGAAAACUUAUAUAAAGAGGGCAAAGAUCGAAAUGAUGCAGUGGUGAAAGGCUUUGAAGAGAAGGUUCGUGUGGCUCUCGAUGUCCCAAAGGAAAGCUGGGCUCCUCCUGGUCAAUCUCUGAAGGAUCUAAUACAACAUUUGCAUGGACAGCUGGAAAUUUUGCAGAGUGCCUCACUCUCUCCUGAGACGAUUUCAGAUGUGCAGGUCUUGAAAAAUGCAUCUGGUGGUCUGGCGUUAGAAGGUUUUUACAGAACCCAAAAUCUGGAGGACUUGUUGGCAAAAAGAGAGCAGCUCAUUGAGGUCCCCCUGUCAUUUUCACUCAUUGGCCCAAAACAAAGUGCCAUGUAUGAGCAGAAAGAAUUUUCAUCCCACAGAUCUCAAACAGUUCAUCAGAAAGUCAUGGAGAAGCUGGGCUUCAGUUUCAGCAGCUCAUUGAAUGUUGGAUUAUGGGGCUUUGGCAUUAGAAAUACAACCGAAAGAAAUGAAUCAAGUGAGACAGAAGAAACAAGAACUCAGUCAUGUGAACAGUCUUCCAUCUUCAGCACAAAAUACAACUACAUUCCACUGGCAUCCUGUUUUAUUGAAAAGGAUAAACUGAAGCUUUCACAAGGAGCAAUUAAGGCCCUUCAAGAAAUUGAAACUAUCCUUUCACAUUCUGGUGAGAACAUGGCACUAAGGAACAGAGUCAGCAGUUUUUAUGAGAGAUUUGGCUCCCAUGCAAACCAGGGCCCGAUACACUUUGGGGGAGUUUUCUGGUGGACUGCUUCUGCAGAAGGCUUUAGAAGUGAUGAACUGUCAGAGAUGAAGAAGCUGACAUCUAAAGCUCUGAACAUUCACGUCGGAGCGGGAUACACUACACCUAUUGUCAGUGUCUCUGCUGGAUUGAGCAUCUCUUCCUCAGAGGUGAAAGGAUCUUCUACUGGAAGACACAGUGAAACCUUGAUGAGUAAAGUGCAGCUGUCAGUCAGUAAAACUGGUGGUCCGGCUGAGACUGAUAAUCACUUGCAGUGGAAGUCUCAUCUUGUCACUAGUAACAGAACCUGGAGCGUUGUUGACAGAGGAACAACUUUAAUUCCUGUCUGGGAAAUCAUCAUGUCUGCUCACAAAAAUGAUUUCCAAGAUGCUCUCAGUUUAGGCACCAAAUUAAAGAAUGUUUAUGAAGAUAUCACUAAGUUAAAUGAGGACGAACUGUGGGGAGAAGAUGUCCUUAUGGAAAUAGAAAGAGCAAAAGCACUGAUUCAGUCAGUACAGAAUUGGACUGCCUCAGACUGUGAAUCCCAAUUAACAGAAUUAUUGGAAUUCAAAACCAGGCUAUAUGAGACAACAGGAUCCUACAACAUCUGGAUUCAAACCUGUCUCUCAAGUCCAGAGCUUCAAGAUUAUUUGAUGGAAGUGGUUAGAGAAAACAAUCAUUCCACAGCUGGAUAUUUGAGAAUUUUGAUGCGCUGUUUGUUGGACCCUGGUCUGUACACAGUUAAAAACUUCAGGCAUAGAGCAGAAAUCAUGAAGUGGGUGUACCUAUCUGAGGAAGACACGUACAAAGACAUUUCUGUGUCAGAAUUCUCAGAGCUAGCCAACAUCCUGCAGCAUGCUAAAGAAGAACUAGAAGACAGAUAUGCCUUCAGGUCUGCUGAACUGGGACAUAGUUCCAAAAUGGAUGACAAAAAUGCAGAGUCAAAUAAAACGGACGUAGAACUGGACAGCUUAUUAGCAAAGCAUGUGCCAUCUUUAUCUGAGAUUCAACACACGAAUGAACAGAAUAUACCAGUGGAUGAAAGUAAGGGUGAGAAAACUGGCAGCUUUAUGAAUUUGCUCCAAAAGCUGGGUCUAAGUAAGUGCUAUCCCCAGAAGAUGACAAAAGCAGAUGUUCUGGUCAUAGACAGACUAUCUCUGAAUGUGAAUCAACCAAAAGAAGAGAAGGAACUGAACUCUCAUUACCUCUACAAACUGAUGAUGUUAGACUAUAGAGCUAGAUAUCUGUUUAUAAAACCUGAGGCAACUAUCAUGGCUGCCGAGAAUGAUGAAGCAACUGUUGAUGAAAAUGAUGAUUUUUUUACCUUUGAUGAGACAUCCAUCCCGGAGGUGAGCAGCAAACAGGCACACAUUCAUCCAAUGGAUGUUCACAUGGCCAUUUUCCACUGUGCCAAUGACUUUUUGCGACAGUACCUUUUUUCAAAACUCUCCACCUGUCAGUUUGCUCUACCUUUCUUAGUGCCAAGCCCCUGCACAGGGGAGGUGGAAUUCCCCCUCUGGGCACUUCGACACAUCAGUAAAUCAUGGCAAAGCAAAAAACACGGUACAUCUGACAGUUCUGGAAAGUGCAAUAUAAAGCAAAUGUUCAAUACACCAGUGCCAAUUGUUUCCUUCAUUAGAUUAGGAGCGUCUUCCAACUCCAAGGCCCAGAUAUUGAAUGGUGUCAUUAGCAAACAGAGGCACCAUGUGUUUUACCACCGUCAUUGCAAAGGCAGCACUCCAGACAGCCUGCUCAUGAAUGGAGUUGUGGAGAUUGCAUGGUACUGUCCAGGAGGAAAGGAAGAUGACAUUUUUGAUGACUGUGUGGCUUUUCUGAACCUUCAUGGUGAUGCAGCAGAACAACCAAAACAACUUGAAUUUCUGCAGGCAGUAAGCACUGUCAUUGUGCUUCUACUUUCGGAACAUCCUUUGGGUGACGGGGCUAAAGUAAUUUCCCAGAAACUCUCCAAGUCUCCUGUCCCUUUGAUUUGCCUUUUCUCAGGACAGGAGAAAGUUCAGCCUUCUAAAAAUCUAACGAAAGUGAGACUUGCUGCGAAGAAGAGAAACGAAGCUGAGCUCACUGAUGAGCUGAUUUCAAGCAUCAAACAGUGCAUUGGUGCAUAUGAAAAGACCGGAAGCCUUGAAACAUGUUCUGAAGUUGCAAGAAAACAACAGUUCAGAGUAGAUGAAGAUAAGCAAUCAUGUCAAGAUGGAUGUGAACAGGCCCAGACAUUAAGGUGCCUAUUGAGUGAGGGACACUUACCAACUCUCAAGGAGAGGCUUUUGCCUUUGCAAGGUGAAUUGUGGCAUGCCUGGUGCAGGAAAAACAAAGAACAGUAUCGCUUACAGUGCAAAGCACAGACAAGCAUUGAACAGCAGCUGAGUACAAUCUCAGCUGAGAUGGACAAAAUCCGACAGAGACAGCUGAACACAGCCACUCCUCUUAAUGACUUCCUGAGAUCAUUUUUAGACUGCCUGACAUCACCUGUUCAUUCCCAUGAUACAACUCUGUACAUGCUACAGUGGCUAAGAAUUCUCCUUGAUGACCUCACCGCUGGUGUGAUUGCAGGGCUGGAGGGGGAGUAUCACUCAACAUGGACACAAAUGAGGCGCAUUCCCAAAGACAAAGCAAAAUCAGUGGACACAGAGAAACUGCGAACAAAACUUAAUGAUAUAUCUGACAAAAUGGCUGCUAGUACAAUUGGUCUUCAGCAUCUUAUGAGAGAGGUUGGGCAGCUCUAUGAAGCAAUUGCUGCACCUAAAAAUGUCACACAAAAUGACAAUAAUCUUCCUGCAAUUGGUGUGGAAAUGCUGGUAUCUGGGUAUCCACUUGAACUAAUGGAUGGAGAUGCUGCCCAUGUGCCUUUAGAUUGGAUUAAAGCUGUUCUGGAUGAACUCAUUAGAAAAGUUGGAGACAAAAAGGUGUUUGUGCUGUCCAUUCUAGGGAUUCAAAGCUCUGGGAAAUCCACAAUGCUGAACACCAUGUUUGGCCUUCAGUUUACUGUGAGUGCAGGGAGGUGUACACGUGGUGCCUUCAUGCAGCUAUUAAAGGUGGACCCCAGCAUUGUGAAUGAGCUUGGAUAUGACUUUGUCCUCAUUGUGGACACAGAGGGACUUCGAUCACCAGAGAUCAGUAACAGUUCAUCACUGAGCCAUGACAAUGAGCUGGCCACUUUCAUCAUUGGAAUCGGCGACAUAACCGUCAUCAACAUAAUGGGAGAGAACCCGUCCGAGAUGCAUGAGAUCCUUCAGAUUUGUGUCCAGGCUUUCUUGAGAAUGAAGAAAGUUAAAAUCGCACCUAGUUGCGUUUUUGUGCACCAGAAUGUUGCAGAAGCAUCGGCUGGAGACAAAAACAUGGAGGGGAAGAGACGUCUCCUGGAGAAACUGGAUGAUAUGGCUCGAAUAGCAGCACAGGAAGAGAAUGUCGAUGGCAUUAACAGCUUCAGUGAUGUAAUACAGUUUGACUUGGAAACCCAGGUGUUCUACUUCAAAAAUCUUCUUGAGGGAGACCCACCCAUGGCUCCUCCAAACCCCUCAUACAGCCAGAAUGUUCAGGGGCUGAAGACAAAGCUGCUGACAAUUGCAGAGUGGCAGAAGGACUUCCAGUUUUCCUCAUUUUCAAAAUUCAAAUCGCGAGUCAGUGAUCUUUGGAAUGCUCUUUUACAGGAAAACUUUGUUUUCAGCUUCAGAAACACAAUAGAAGUGAUGGUGUACAGUGCUCUGGAGGAGAAGUAUGCCGCAUGGUCAUGGAGACUUAGAAAGCAUGCGCUGGAGAUGCAGAGCAAAUUGCACAAUCAAAUUGGCAGCAACAUAAUUCAGGAUGUGAAUGGAGCAGAUCUGACAGAGAAAUUUGACCAAGUGUACAAUCCACUGAAAAGUGAGAUUGAGAAGUAUUUCAAAGAAGACAAAAACAAAGAGACCCUCAUAAAGUGGAGGGCAAGCGUUGACAAACGCUUUGAAAGCCUGAAGCAUGAUCUCAUUGAAGGGACUCUAAAGAAAUGCAAAGAAUUAAUUACCUCCAAGAAAAACAGAUCAGAACUGGACCACAAAAAAAUUGAGUAUGAGAAUGAAUUGGUGGUAAAGAGUAAAGCCCUGGCAUCCACACUAAAGGGUCAGCGUCUCACUGAUAAGCAAGUGGAGGACAAGUUUGAUACACUCUGGGUUGAAUGGAUAGCUGAUGUGGCCAAAGCGCAGCCACCCGAGGAGCACAUUAAUGUCAAAGCCGUAGUAGAGACAGUCCUCCGAGAACACUUCAAAAAACAGCCGAACAUUAUUGAGAAAAUAAAAGGUGAACAUGGAAAGUUUGAAUUUAACAAGAAAAAACAUAUAUCCCAGAGCACAUGGGAGUGGCUCAAAUCAUUAGGAAGGGGCAGUGUGGGGCAUGAUGCUGAUACACUCAAACAACAAGUGAAUCAGACAGUCAAUGCAUACAUCAUGACAAAAGAGGACGAAAACAAGGACUUUGAUGAGAACUUGAUGUAUGAAAUAUUAUCAUGUAUUGGAAAAAAUGUUGAUGAAUUUCAGAAUUCCACAGGUGAUCUGAAGUUCACAAAUGAAUUCAAGCUGGACUUGUCUAUCCAUCUUUGUAUCAAAUCUAUUUGGAGAUUUGAGAAAAUGCAUAAAGCCUUCAGGACUGCAAACAAUCCACUGACAUAUCUGCAAAGCCAAAGAGACAAGUAUCUCCAGACUUUCAAAAACUAUUGCAAAGGAGCAAGUUCUGUGACAAUAUUUGUUGAUUAUCUGUGUAAACACAUCAAACCAGAAGUCCUGAAAUCGGGCACUGUUAGAACCGGUCGGAGAAUUGCAAAUGAAUUGAAAUCCAACAACCCAGCUUUCAACAGCAACAGAUCAAAUCUUGAAAAUCACAUACUGAAACAACUGGUAACUAAGAAGAACUUCAGCUUGUAUGAGGAAUACAUUGACCAUCCAAAGAGUUACUUUCAAAGAUUUAUCCAUGAACAGGUGGAUACAUUUUGUGGAGAUUCAGUACAGCUGGGCAAAAUUCAAGAGGAAAUUCUGGAAGCCUUAAAAAAUGAGAUUUUACUGGCAAGCACAGCAGUUACUGAGGAAGUGGAUGAACGAAAAGGCAACGCAUCCAUGUGGCUUGACCAGUUCUGUCAAACCGUUGGAGAACACAUAGUAAUAAAUAGAGAAGAACUAAAAAGCAUUGAAGAUGAAGAAAUUAAAGACCUACAGUUUCUCAAAAACAGGAUGGCCAUAUCUCUGGAAGACAUGGUGAAGAACGAAAAGAGAAUUGAUUCAGUGGCCUUGAAACAGAAAGCCACAGAAAUUCUGUGUGAGCAGCUUCAGGGGUGUUGGGCCCAAUGUCCUUUCUGCAAAGCCAUCUGCACAAACACCAUCCCUAACCAUGGUGGAGAGCACAGUGUGAGGUUUCAUCGGUCCAAUGCCUUGGGUGGCUGGCACAUUGUGAACACAGACAAUUUUGCCAUUGAUUUCUGUACCACUUUAGUGAGCAGUGAUUCAAGUUUCAGAGGUCAUGGAAUGAGUAAUUGGGUCCCCUACAAGACCUACAGAGAUGCUGGAGAUCCUUACAAUACAUGGAACAUCACUGCUGAUGGUAGUACUCAGCACUACUGGAAAUGGUUCAUCUGCAAGUUUCAGACACAGUGGGAGGGAAAAUGCGGAUACAGAUUUGCUGGUGAUGGUAAAAUCCCUGAGGAAUGGAAAAAAAUCACAGAAGACUCUGUGUUGAAAGAGUUAAAGUAAAUGUUUCCCUGAGUUUGGAGGAAAAUUGUACAACGAGCACAGGACAAAGAAUAUACAGUGUUAGACCUUUUAAAUCCAAAUAAAUGUAGUUUAUUCAUUUUCAGUAGUGAAGGUAUGAAAAUUAUAUAAAUAAUCUAAUUAUGUACCUGCAGAUUAAAAUAUUUGGUGAUUUUCUGAUGCUUAAUAUAUUCUUGCUUGUAUUCAUGCAUGCCUGUUGAAACUGGUG